GUCUACCCGUAGAUUGUAACUGUCAGCUGGACCAAACUGCAGAGCAGGACAGAAGAGAUCAGAUCAUUCAGACAGAACAGAGCUGAUCAGAGAGGAUGGCUGCUUCUCAGAAAGGAGAUCUAUCAGCAUCUGAGAGGAAGAUCCUGCAAGUUAUUAGUGCUGGUGAUGAACAGGAAGCUUCCCAGCUGCUUGCUAGCAAAGAUGUACGAGUCAACUUUUUGGAUGAGUAUGGUAUGACUCCACUGAUGCAUGCAGCGUAUAAGGGCCAGGCCGAUAUGUGUCAUCUGCUGCUGCAGUAUGGGGCCGAUGUCAACUGCAACCAGCAUGAAUAUGGAUACACUGCUCUCAUGUUUGCUGGCCUGUCAGGGAAGACAGACAUCGCCUCCAUGUUGCUGGAUGCCGGAGCAGAGAAAAACUUGGUGAAUUCUGUGGGUCGCACUGCUGCUCAGAUGGCAGCGUUUGUAGGCCAGCAUGACUGUGUAACAGUGAUAAACAAUUUCUUCUCGCGGGCGAGGCUGGAGUAUUACACAAGACCACAGGGGCUGGAGAUAGAGCCCAGGCUACCCCCCAGGCUGGCAGGACCCUUGCACAAGAUCAUCAUGACCACCAACCUAAACCCGGUCAAGAUAGUCAUGCUGGUGAAGGAGAACCCUGUGCUGGUCGAUGUGGCAGCUCUGGAGAAGUGUUACCAGGUGAUGGAUAUGCUGUGUGAGCAGUGUGUGAAGCAGCAGGACAUGAAUGAGAUCCUUGCCAUAAAGAUGCACUACAUCAGCUGUGUGCUGCAGAAAUGCCUGGCCUUCCUGCAGAAACAAGAUGACAAGCUGGAUGCACUUGUCAAGAACCUGCUGAGGGGGAGAGACAGUGAUGGCUUCCCACAGUACCAGGAGAAGUUCAUUCGGGAUUGUAUCAAGAAGUUUCCUUAUUGUGAGGCAACACUCCUACAGCAGCAGGGCAACGACCCAACAGCGUUCUCAGUGUUGAACCAGGCUAUAACAGGUCAGAUGACGUUUGUAGAUGCUGAUUACUGUGCUACAUGUGGGGAGAAGGGAGCAGAAAAGAGAUGCUCCCUUUGUAAAGCAGUGACUUACUGCAGCCUGAUGUGCCAAAAGCUCCACUGGUUCACCCAUAAAAAGAUGUGCAGGUGUAUGCAGGAGCAGGAUGCCGACCCGGAGAUGGAUACUCCAAGGUUGAAAGAACUGAAAGGUGCUGAUAAAGCUAAUUUAGUGAGCCUUAGUGAUGCUUCAACGCAGGCUUUGGCACUGAUGUCAAGUGAACUUAGGCAUUUUAUGUCCACUCUGAUUUGGACUUGCUGCCAGUUUUGGCUGUUGCAGUCACCCUUGUCGGAGACAGUGGAACCGGGGGAGCUAGUCAGUUCAGCUGCUCUACAGGUACUCAAGCUGACUGUCUAAGCUAAUCAGACCAGGCAGCAGUUCUUGGGCCUUUGCAGCAGCUCAGCUACUAGGCAGCUCAAGCUUCAGACCUCUGGAUGGUUUCCUCCUUCAAUUCUGACACCGGCCGCCAGCCUUCAGCUGGGUCAAAAUGACCAUAAUCAGCAAUAUGUCAAAAGCCCUAGCCAUGAACGAGGAGUUAUCGUCCCUCCUGGCCAAGGGUACAAUCGAACUUGCUACAGGCUGUGUACCUAGCACUCAAGCGCUUCCUUCCAAAGCACAAGCACAUGCUUCCCUGCCAGACGGGACGACACCUCAACUGUCUUUCAUAUACAGUAAGCCAUCAGGGGGUAACCAAAUCCACACUGUGUCCACACGGUGUCUUCUGACAUGGGCGGCCCCUAACCUAACCUGACCAGCCUGGCAAUGUAUCUACCAGGAGAACAAAACAAGGUUUUGAAAACAAGCAGAUUAACGCUUUAUCCUCUCUCUAUUUUUAUAAUUAUGUAAAAACUAAUUUAUGUUCGGACACAUUUUUUUAAAAUAUUGAUAAAAUAAAUAAAAUUAAGGAAUAUUAAGUAUUUUACCUGUCCAGAUUCUUUCCUUUUAAACCAACUGCUUCUUUAGUUUUGAAAGUAUAAAAUCUUCCCAUCAUCCUACUCUUCCUCUUCCAUGUGUUUGGUCUUUUUCGAUUCCCUAAUGCUGGCAAUUGGCUUGUUGGAGUCGGAAUGAAGGUUUUUAUCCACGUCAGAUUCACCCCGUUGUCAUAUAUGAUCUGAUUUCAUUGAUAACAAUAACAUGUAAUGCAGUUCAGCAACAGGACAAUGAAGUCUUAAGCCAGGACUACUGUCAGGCUACUGUGUCUGUCUUCUUGUGUUAAAUACACACCAGCGACAUAAUUACUCUGUGUAUACUCCUGGUUAGAUGAUGAAAGCGACCUGGUAAUGGAGACAGCCAACUUCCUUCAGGAGCUGUGUCUGCGGGCAGAGAAACAGGUGGCUGCUGCAGGAGGC